AUGAGAUAAGAUGAUUAUUUUAGAGUAUUGGAGAAGGAGAAGAAAAAGGAGGACCUAAAGCGAUAGGAAUAGCAGAGACUGGAGGAGGAAGAGGCAAGGAGACAAAAAGAAUAGGAGAAAUUGAUUAAAGACAAAGAGGAGAUCGACAGUGAUUCAAAGGACAAGGACAAAUCAGCUAGAGAUGACAAAAGCAUCAAAAUACAGAUCGAUGAGGAGAGGAAUACCAAAGAAAAGGAAUAAAGGAAGAAGAUGCAAGAUAAGAAAGCAGAGAAAUAUGAUAAGCAAUUGGAGACUUUGAGACCAGAACAAUUGGUGGAGAAUGAGAUAGGCAAGCCUUAUUAUUUAGUGCCUGAUGAUACAAAAUUAGAAAUCAAUGUAGCAUAUUCUAUUCAUUUUAGAAAGAACUAAUAGAGAGGGAGGAUAAUAAGGUUAGAAGAUGGAAGGUUUUUAUCAACGAAAUUAGAUUAGAAAAUCUACAAAAGGAAUAAUUAUCAGUUUUCUUGAAUUUCCGAAUUGGUUAAAUUGGGAAAACGGCUAAUAAGUAUGCAGAUGUGUCAAGUGGUGAAGUUUUUUUUAAAUCUGAAAUUUGCAAGGAUCUGAAAAGAAGUGAGGUCAAGGUUAUUAAGGUUAUGUUUGAAACAGAAAUGCAUCUAUCAUAUUAGAUGCUUAAAGAACGAUAUUUCGUAGUAGAAGUGUGGGAAUAUAGACGAUUUCGAUUGAAUUUGUUUUUGGGUAAAAUUCAAGUGUCCUUGCUCAACAUUGCCUCUGGAAAUAUUAAGAAAUAAGAUGAUAUUAAGAAGGCAUUUGGAGAAAGAAGAUAGUUUGCUAGGAUCUACUACAAUGUCUUAUUUUAGGAGGUGUGGGAUUACAAAUUGACAUUCGAAGCCUGGAAAGGGUCAAACAUCAUAGCAGAUCAAGGGAAAGAACAUGACCCCAAAAUACAAUUGACUUUGAUGACUGAUGAACUAAUUUAACCAUAAGUUGAAUCAGAACAAAUAAAGAAGACCAAGAAUCCAAAUUUUAGAAAUCUCAAAGGGUAUAUGCAUUUUAGAGGAACCAUGGAGGACUUGACUUAAUAAAUGAUGAAAGUUACCCUAUUGUUUGAUGCCUACUUUAACAAAGCUGAAAAAUUGGUUUCGUUAAGAGGAAUACAAGAUACCAAUUACUUGAAGGUUUAAUUUAGAUUAAAACUUAAAAUACCUCCACCAAGAGUGAAAAUAGCCAAGCAACCAAAGAAGAAAAAUAAACAAAAAAAGAAGUGGGAUGGGAAUGAAGAAGAUGAUGACGAGGAUUUAGGAGACGAUGAAGAUGCCUUGAGAGAUGAAGCAUACAUAGCAAUUAUUGAAGGAAGAGUAAAUCUUAAUAAGGUACCGCGAUAUUCUCAAAAUGGAGAACUCAAUACCUACAUCCCAGAAUAAUAUUAUCUAGUAGUUACAAUUAAUAGACUAAACAGUGUAUUGAGUCCAGAUGAUAGAGGAGUUAUCAACACAUAUUUGACUGUGGCUUGGAGAGAUCAGGCUAAAACAACCAGAAUGAUAAAGAAUGAUCCGAAUCCAUCUUAUAAUGAGGAAUUAUACUUUAGGAUACCGAUCCUUAGAAGAGAAAAGACUUUUGAAGAUAUAAUUAAUUAAAAAACAGACAAGGAUCUACUUAUAGAUGCUUUGCGUGAGGAAUUGAAGUCAAGACCAGAUAUUACUAUACAAUUAUGGUUAGAUGGAUAAGAUAUAUUGAGUGAUGAAUCUUUGGGGUAUUGCAGAAUUUUUCUAUCUGAAAUUCAAAAGGCAAGCAAAUUCAAAAAGACUUUGUUGACUGAUGAUAAUAAACGAUAUUAGUUUGAUACUCGUGAAGCUACAUUUACUAAGAAGUUUGAGAGUGGACUCUUUAACGUUAGUCAUAUUUAAAUUACUUUUUAAGCUUUUUUUGCCCCUGAUUUGCCUGAAGAAUUAAAUUUGGAGGAAUUUUGUGAGGUUCCUGAUGAUAUAUAUCCCUAUCAAAUUUCAGAUCAACUCUCUGUGAAAAAGGAUCAUGAAGAUAAUGAGGAGUAUCAGUCAUGGGACAAAUAUGUAAGAGGUAAUUUUUCAUAGUUUGGUUUGGAAAAGACUGCUUAUAACAUAUUUUUUAAGAAUAUCUUUGUUAGAGAUCAAUUUAAUUAUUAUCAUUUGGUUUGUAAGUAUCUGGAGAAAUUCUACAUUAAGUUUUAAAGUGAAGAGGCCACUAAUGAAUUGUUUGCUAAUCCCAAAGAUAUUAGAAUGAAAAACUUACAUGAAAUGUGUCAUUUUGUUAGAAAUAUACCAUUUAUUUAAGACUCCUUUUCAAGGAAUGACGUUUGGAGAUCACCCGAUUUCUUGUUGAAAAUCCGAAAAGGGUUUAUCCAUGAUCAUGCCAUCUUAGGAGCUUGUUUGUUUAUGGGAUUUGAAAGAGAAGAUAAGAAGAGAGAACAUGAAAAGGAUUUUCAUAAAUAUAUCCCAUUUGAACACAGAGUUUUUGUUUGUUUGGGUACUCUUAAGCACAAUUCUUAAUUCCAUGCUUGGCUUAUGGUUUUUUCACAUGAUUUAUCUGGCAUUUCAUUUUGGGAUGUUUAGGAAGAUUUCCAUAUGCAUUUGGAUGGAAGAGUGAGAAAAGAUAAGAGAGCGGCAUUAAGAAAGUUUUUGUAUGCUGAAAAACCAGUGGCCAAGAAGGAUGGUGGAUUUGGAUUGGGAGCUCUGGGUAAUUUAGGGAAGGAUAAAAAGAAACCGAUAUCGAAGAGGAAAUUACUUAUGGAAUAGAAGAAAAAGGAAUUAGAAAAAGCGUAAUUGGAGUAGGCUUAGAAAAAAUAGAAAUAAAAUGAAAUGCUAAUGUAGUAAUAAAAAGAAGCUGAGGAGAAGAGGAGGAAAGCUAGAAAUAAUGCUACUUUCUAACCUGAAGAUGAUGGCAGAGGAGAUCAGGAUGAAUAAGUCAUCGAAACUAUUUAGUUAGAAAAGUUGAAUGGAAAUAUCAAACUGAAAAACCCAAGAUAAAUGGGGGAAGUGAAAUAAUCAAAGGAAAGAACGAGUGAACAAGAGGAGGAGGACGGCAAGAAGUCUACUGUCAAAGGAGCAGGAUCAGUUGCACAAAAAAAGACAUUUACAAACCCUCUGUUUGUUUAUAGAGAGACUGCGAAAUAAACUGCUAUUGCUAAGAAGCAGGAGGCUGAGGAUGAAAUCUUAAGAGCCAAUCCUAUUGCCAAAUUUUCAAAGAUUGAUCGUUUCUUUGAUAAAAAUGGAAAAGAGUAUUUUAAUUAUCGUAUAUCAUUAGAGUUGUUGAUCCUGGACAAUUGCCAUAUGAAACCAUUGAGAUUAUUUUUAAUAACAAAAAUAUGUAAUUAUUCAUUAUUGAGAAUUAGAUUUGGUAAUAUGGCUAAUUAGAAACCCUAGGAAAUCUUCUAUCAUCUACAUGACAAAAGGUUAUGGUAUCCUUUCAUUAAGGAGACUGUUCCAAAUAAAGAAGAAAGUGAAGAAGAAGAGGAUGAUGAAGAUGAUGAUACUAAUAUCUAAAUUGAUGAAGAAGAACUUUAAGAUCAAAUGAAAUAAAAGGGGGAAGAAUUCAUAUAAAAAACUUGGAAUCAAAAAGUUGGAGCGUUUUAUUCAGCUCAAAUUCUCAAAGAACCAAUUAAAAAGAAUAGAAUCAAAAGACUAUUAGAAGAUAUAUUCAUGGAAGUAAAAUAAGGAGUAGAAAAGGCCAGAGGCAAAAGUUCACUAUUUACUAAAUGGAAACAUGAUUUAGAUGGCAUUAAUAAAAAAAUGGAAUAAUAUUUGAAAAUAUUAGAAUAUAAAACUACUUAUAGAACAAUAAAAGUAGUGCAAUAGAAGCACGAUGAUGAAAUGGUUGCUAAAUGGAAUCAUAUCUAUAAAAGUAGAAGUUAUGAGGAAAUCAUUGAAUAAUGGAAAAAAGAAGUCAAAGCAAUGCUACCUUUAAAUACACAUCUAUGUCUACUACCAAUGAGGUUUAAUUACACUGAAGUACAUAUCUUAAUAAUUUGUAUAAUAGUCUGAAAAAAUUCGAUCUGUUAUUGUUGAAAAUAUGGAUCCUUUUUUUAUGAGAAGAGAUAAUAAAAUCAUCUUUAAUCUAGCAGGAAAGAUCUUUAACUAUCCAAAUAGAGUACAUUAUCAUAUUAAUAUAGAUUGUAUGUGUUCGACUGAUUCUAGGAUAUUCAUAUUGUUAAAAUUUAGAUGAUAUUAAAAAGAAAGAGGAAAGCGAGGAGGACGAAUAAAAUCAAGAAGGUGAAAUUGAUAUUCAAAAACCAAUGCUCGAUGACCUUGAUGCAGAUGAAGAUGAAAACGCAGAUUUAUUAAAAAAGAAAAAUGCGGAUAAUUAAUAGUGA